AUGGGGAGUGCCUCCACACUGCACUCCAUCACAGUGGGGGACUUUUUUUUCCUAGGGUCCUUUGAACUCAGUCCCUGCGCUCCAACGCCACUUUUUACACCCAAGGGAGAGCAGGGCGUCUCGGACUGCAUUUUCCCAAGAGCAGGGUGGGGGUUGGGGCGAGGCUUCCCCAACCGCUGCAGCACGGAGAACGGAGGGUCCCGCUGGGGGCAGCGCGGAGGCGCGCGGAGCCGGGGCGCGGGCGGGGCAGGAGGCUGCAGAGUCCUGCGCGCCGCCGCGCUAGCUGCUGGGUCACAGCCCUGGCCGCGCCGCCUGCUCGGCGAGGAAGUGACGACUGCGCCGUCCCGAGAGCAACAAAGUUUGAGUCUGCGGGUCGCGCUCGCCUGCGUCCCGCGCCCCCUCGGAGCUACCCAGGGAUCCAGCGUGCAGUCCAGAACCUACACCACAUGCUAUGGGCCUGCGACCUGUGGACACCACGUCCUGUGGACACUGGAGUCGUUCACUUCCAUGGAAACUUGUAGGUUACUUUAUAAGAGAUUGAAUGCCUACCAGCUACCAAGCUUAACCACGAGGCCUCAUAACGAAGUGGACUUCAUGUUGUGAGCUCUAAGACCCAGAAGACCACAUGUCAGUAAUAAUAAUAUCAUACACCAAUGAACUUAAGGAGCCACUGAUUCU